AUGUACAAGAGUGAGUUAAGAAAGCAACGGAAGCCCUCUUACAAUUCUUUUCUUAACGUCAACGUUGAUUUUGUAACCGGAAAAUUGGCAUUGACGCACCAGGCACGGAUUACUAGCUUACGACAUACAACAAUACGAAAGUUACGACACUAUUGUGAAUCCCUCAAUAGAUUGGUUGCAUUACAAAACUUUUCUCUGCAGGAUGGAAAAAUGGCGCUACUCUCGGAAACAGGAUUUUUUAUGUCAAUAGAUCCGGAAGAUGACGCUUGUGUAGCACUACGUAAAAAAGUAACUGAGCACGAAAUUUGUAAAAUACGAUGCAAUGCACAGCGCGAAGCUGAAGAGGAUGAGGAACCGAAGGAAGAAAAGGGAGAUUUAACCGAAGUAGAAAAAAAUUAUGUGAAAAAAUUUCAAAAGUUCCAGGAUAAGAAGUUACGCAUUAACAAAAACGAUAUUAAAGAACUCGAAGUUGCAAAGGAUCAGGGCACUUUACAUGAAGCUUUAUUGGAUCGGCGUAGCAAAAUGAAAGCGGAUAGAUAUUGCAAAUAAAUUUUUCACCCAGAAAAUUUCAUCUAUUUACAAUAAAAUAUGCAUUUUGUUUAGUUACUAAGAAAGUAGCGAGCAAAGUGCAAGCUAAAUAAAUGAUAACUUAUACAACAGAAAA